AUGGCGUUAUAUUUGGCGUCGAAGGGAAAACGUGUCCGAGUCUACAACGAAGCAAAGCUGCAGGAAGCCAUCAUGCAGGAAGACUGGUGCCAAGGAGACGACAUAGACGAUGACUACAACUCACUGAUAGGGAAACUGAAAGAGUGUUUAAGGAAAGCUAAGGGUGUAUGCCUAAGAGAAAAGAAGGGAAGAAUCUCGGAAGAAACUACGAAGUUACUCGAGAAGAGGAAAAAUAUGAAGGGGACUAUUGAAGAUCACCUUGAAUAUUCCAUUCUCAGCAGAGUGAUUCGUCAGCAACUAAAGAAAGACUUUGAGGCACACCGGAUGGAGAAGCUCUUGAAGGCCGCAGAGGAAAAGAAGAGCCUCAAGAAAUGCAAGAGGGACAUGGUACUAUAUAGAUCGGAGGUGACGGCCCUGAAAAAUACAGAUGGAAUACCGGUCAAGGAGAAGAGCGAGAUGGAAAAAGUUUGUGAAGACUUCUACACCAAGCUCUUUAAGUCUACCAGAAAUGUCCAGCCGUUACCACCACUCCAACAGGAAGAAAACGUGCCACCUAUCCUUGUCAGUGAGGUUGAAAGAGCCAUCGGCUCGAUGAAAAACGGAAAGGCUCCAGGGAAAGACGGUACAACAUCGGAGGUGCUAAAGUCAGGCAGAGAGCAGCUCUGGAAAAUCCCCGAUGAGCGAUUUACGCACUAUCUAGACGAGGGAAGAAUUCCCUCGCAGUGGAAAGAGUCAAAUACCAUCCUGCUGUAUAAGAAGGGCGACAGAGAAGAUCUAAAGAACUACCGACCCAUAUGCCUGCUGUCUCACGUGUACAAGCUGUUCACGAAGAUAAUUCUGAACAGGUUGUCACGUCGUCUCGACGAACAACAACCGAGGGAGCAAGCAGGCUUCCGGAAGAACUACAGCUUAAGCGAGUAA